AUGGCGCCAUCCAAGGAUGGAGAGGGUUUCUCUACCAACCCCAACGGCGAGGUGUAUAACGAACUGGGCUGGCUUGUUCAAGAUGCCUCAGGCUAUCGCAUCAACGAAGAUCCAUACGAAACACGUCGCAAAAUCCGCGUGAUCCAUAUCGGCGCCGGCGCUUCAGGAAUCACGUUUGCUAAGUUCGCCGAAGAUCGUCUACAGAAUGUCGAGUUGCAGAUUUACGAGAAGAAUAAGGAUGUUGGUGGUACGUGGCUUGAGAACAGAUAUCCAGGCUGUGCCUGUGACAUUCCCUCGGCGUCAUACCAGUUCACAUGGGAGAGAAACCCGAAUUGGUCGCAAUACUAUUCCGAGUCCCCCGAGAUCUGGCAGUAUUUCAAGGAUGUCACUGUCAAGCAUGGCUUGAUGAAAUAUAUUAAAUUGGAACACAAGAUCGCUGGCGCCUAUUGGAAGCCUGAAGAAGGUGUUUGGGAAGUCAAAGUACAACGACCUGACGGCACCGAAUUUACAGACACUUGCAAUGUCUUGGUCAAUGGUGGUGGUGUUUUGAACAAUUGGAAAUGGCCUGAAAUUGAAGGUCUGCAUUCAUUCGAAGGAAAACUCACCCAUAGCGCCAACUACGACACCUCCAUCGUUCUGAAAGAUAAACGUGUCGCGGUCAUUGGAAUUGGGUCCAGUGGUAUCCAAAUCACAUCCAAGAUCGCCUCAGAAGUCGGACAGCUGUACACCUGGGUUAAGACCCCUACCUGGAUCACAGCAGGCUUUGCGCAGAGAUUUGCUGGUCCAAAUGGUGGCAACUUUAAAUACACCGAGGAGCAAAAGAAACGCUUUGCCGACAAGCCUGAGUUGUUUUUGAAGUAUUCCAAGAUGAUCGAGUCUGAGUUGAACGUUCGAUUCAAAUUCAUCUUGAACGGUACCCCAGAAGCCGAAGGGGCCAGGGAGUUCGCCCGGCAGGAGAUGACUCAGAAACUGGGUUCAAAUCACCCAGAACUUUUGGAAGCUUUGAUUCCCAAGAACUUUGGGGUGGGAUGUCGAAGACCUACGCCUGGCAAUGGUUUCCUAGAAGCCCUCAGCCAAGACAAUGUCAAGGUCUUUACCAAACAGAUGCAACGGAUCACUCCUCGAGGGUUCGUCGACAGUGAGGGUCACGAGCAUGAAGUAGACGUCAUCAUCUGCGCAACGGGAUUCAACACCUCAUGGAUACCACGUUACCCCGUCGAAGCCAACGGAUAUAGUAUCGCCAAGAUGUGGGCAAAAGAGCCAUCAUCCUAUAUCUCCCUAGGCGUCCCCCAUAUGCCGAAUUAUUUCAUGAUGGCCGGGCCUUAUGGACCACUCGGCCACGGCUCAUUCCUCCCCAUUAUCGAGACACUGGCCGGCAAUAUCAUUCAAUGUAUUGACAAGAUGCAGAAGGAUCGCAUUAAAUCUCUGACACCAAAGGAAGAAAUUGCCCAACAACUCAAACAACAUGCAGCGCUAUUCCUGCAGCGGACAGCUUGGACGUCUGGCUGCAGUAGUUGGUUUAAACAAGGUCGUAUUGACGGGCCACUUCCCAUGUUCCCCGGGUCUCGUCUAGUAUACAUGGACUUGCUCUCGAAGCCAAGGUUCGAGGAUUACCAAAUCGAAUACGUCAAUUCAAAGAACAUGUUUGACUUCCUCGGCAACGGUUUUGCGACACGAGAGUUUGACGGUAGGGAUUUGUCUUAUUAUCUUGGUCUGUUGGACGGAAAUGAUCACCAGAUCAACCUUGAAGAUGACUUGCACGAUGAACUGGCAGAUCUAGUGCAUUGA